CGCCUCCUUUGGGUGACUCAACAAAACAGGAAGUAGGAAGUGCUCACAGAUACGCACGUAUUUCUGUCACAGGACUUUGGUUGGCAGUGUAAACCAGGGGGCUAAGUGUCAGUAUGGCAGGCAGGCUCUCGCUCCCCGAGGCGGACCUCUCCUGUUCCAUAUGCUGUGAAAUCUUCAAGGAUCCGGUAGUCCUCAAGUGCAGCCACAGCUUCUGUUCACCGUGUCUGCAGCAGUACUGGAGUCGCCGGGGUCGAAACCGCGACUGCCCUCUGUGCAGAACCCAGAGUCUGGACGAUCCUGUUCCUAGUCUUGCCCUCAAGAACCUGUGCGAGUCUUACGUCAGCAUGGAGAGCGAAGGCCCGGAGGAAAAGGAGGGAGAGCUGUACUGUGAUCCGGGGGAGAUGUGCCCUCUUCAUGGGGAGAGGCUUAAGCUUUUUUGCCUGCUGGACAAGGAGCCCAUCUGUGUGGUUUGCCACACCUCAAGGAAACACAAACAGCAUGAUUGUUGCCCUGUCAGUGAGGCUGUGGCGGAUGUGAAGGAGAAAAUGAAGUCAGCCCUGAGCUCAUUGCAGGAGAAGAGGGAUAGCUUUGACAAAAUGAAGAAAAACUAUGAGGACACUGUGGCACACAUUCAGGUCCAGGCUCAAUUUGUGGAGAGGCGGACCCGCGAGGAGUUUGAAAAACUUCACAGCUUCCUUCAAGCGGAGGAGGAAGCCAGGAUGGAGGCACUGAGAAGUGAUAAGGAGCAGAAAAGUCGAGAGAUGAAACAGAAGAUUGAAGAAAUGGAAAGGAAUAUAGCAUCUGUGUCUGCGUCCAUCAGAGCCUUGGAGGAGGAGAUGGCUUUAGAAGACAUCUCUGUCCUUCAUAAAUGCAAGAGGACACUAGCAAGUGCUAACAGUCCAGUUGAAGAUCCAGUCAUGGCUCCAGCAGCUCUCCUAGAUGUGGCCAAAUAUGUGGGCUCUCUGGCGUUCCGCGUAUGGGAGAAGAUGCAUAAAAUAGUCAAAUACACCCCAGUGACUCUGGAUCCAAACACCGCCGCCCCGUGGCUCAUCCUGUCAGACGACCUCAGCAGCGUCUGUGACAGUGAUGAGAAGCAGAGGCUGCCCGACAACCCGGAGAGGUUCGACCCGGACACGGCCGUGCUGGGCCACGAGGGCUUCACCUCAGGCAAGCACGCCUGGGAUGUCAACGUGGGCGAUAACACGGCGUGGGUUGUCGGCGUGGCUAAAGAAUCUGUUGUGAGGAAAGAGAAAGUGUCUUCAGUGCUGGUGAACGGCUACCUGUGUGUGUACUUCUACCACAAAAUGUACUUUGCAGGCACCUCUCCUCUGACACGCCUUAACUUGAAGAAGAACCCACAGAGAGUCAGAGUGCUGCUGGACUGUGACAAGGGCAAGGUGUCCUUCUAUAACCCACAUGACAACACACACAUCUACACUUUCAAACACACCAUCUCUGAGAAAGUCUUUCCCUACUUCUGGGUGGGCUGUCAGCAGUGUCCUCUGACUGUUGAACCACAGGAGGUUUCUGUGAAGGCUGUCGAGUAUUGUUGAGAGAAUAUUUCAGCUUCACAACUUUGAAGGGGGAACAUUUUUGAAUUUCAUAUCAUAUGAGGAGGGUGCACAAAAUCUGAAAAAUUGAAUCAUAUGUGCUUUUCUUUCCUGGCUCAGUAUAAUGUCCUCCAACCUUUUUCAGUUUAAACUACAAUGAAUGCCUUAUCUUUACACUUGUGAUUUCUCAGUGAUUUCUUACUUGAACUUGAUCUCUGCACUUAUACGGUCCACUAUUUCUCCAGAAAUAAUUGUGUGAGCUGUUGAUGCAAAAUGGAAUGUGGUAACCUAAAGAAAAUUGUCAUUUGUAUGGAUUCAAGUCCGUAAUGAUUCUGCAUUUGCAUGUCAAACUCUGAAUGCUUUGAGCCGAGUCCUGUUUAUAACUACUGGUUUGUGGCACACACUAAAUAGCUUUUAGUAUACUACUGAUGUCACUGAAAUUUGAGAGUACGCAUUUCCAAAUAAAUAACUUGCAAAUA